AUGUCACGUCUAGAUGGAAAGGAAGUUGAUGAAGGAACCUGGGAAACUAAAAUCAGUAACAGAGAGAAGCGACAGCAGCGUAAACGAGACAAAGUGCUGACAGACGGUGCCUCAGGAGAGUCAAAUCUCCAGGGGGUGGAAAAUGCAGUUACUGUAUCCAUUGAACAACUGAUGCCUACACCAUCACUUCCAGUUGGUCUCAGAAAAAAUAAAGGUGAUACACUUCUGAAUGCACAAGUAAGCAGCUCUAAACCUGCAAAGGGGGAGCCAUCAAUUCCACAAGUUUCCCCAGGAUUGACUGAAAGCCAUACAGUAAAUGGAGGAAGUUGGAAUGAGAAGUCUGUAAAAAUCUCCUCACAGAUUGGUGUUGGUGAGGAGAAAUGGACAUCUGUUCCUUCAGCUGCAUCUGGGAAGAGGAAGACUGAGACAUCGGCUUGGGGCCAGGACACUGGAGAUCCUAAUGGAAAUGGAAAGGACUGGGGUGUAGCCCUAGUGGGUAGGCCCUGGAAAGAGCGGUCUUUAUUCACUCCUAUUGAAUACAUCAUGCCUGACCAGGUUGAUUUGCUUCUGGUAAAAGGACUAGUUUUGUGGGUGAGGGCAGGGCCUGAUGAAUUUAGUAGUGCUGCCAACACCAUUUCUCACAGUAUUAUUGUGUCCAAGUUAGGACAGUUGGGCUCAAAG